CACUUCAGUGAGAAUGUUUCUCUCCUUGGACCAGCUGUGUUUGUCCUCACAGCACCUGCAGGCCAUCUCGACAGCUGGACAGGUCUGACCGCGAGGUCACCUGCCAAGACACCCCAUUGCUUCUUUGGGCGCUUGGUUGACGCCUCAUAUUUCUCCCGGCUGUGCUCCGACCAUCUCUCCGCUUCACCUGCUCUACCGGCUGUUUGAGGAAGGAACAACAUGCAAGCCCGAACCCCCCGUCCAAAGCCCCCGAAUUGGACGCCGCCGCCUCCCCUCCUCGUGUUUGUCCGCAACCUCCGGCUGCUUCAACUGGAUGCUCACCGUGACUGGCCCAACAUCACCCUCCAAUCGCUAGCCGAUACCUCGCAGAAUCAGCGCCAACGCCUCAAGGCGGUCGAAUGGGCUCUCUACCACCUCGUCACCAUUUGGGACCCGGACACUGCACGCGAAAAACUCCGUCCCUUCUUCCCUCCGCUCGAACCGCUGCAGUCCGUCAAUCUACGCGCCGCAUUGUUUCGCGUACUGUCCGAGUUGAAAAAGCAAGGCGAUCUGGGCAGGGAGAUUAUCCUUCGAAAGUCAAUGCUCGAUGACUGCAGAGGCGAGAAAUGCGACGAGCUCCUUGCGGUCUUCUCCACGGCCGUCCUGCGCAAAUCGCUGGCUGCCUCAUCAGAUCCCCGGCUUCAGAAUGUUUCGAUCAAUCUGUCACUGGCCCAGGGUCUUACCGUCGAGGAGUAUCAACUGUUGCUUCCGCUGAUCAUCGCACAUCGGGUCUCCCUCAACCAGAUCGAAACCGACUACGACCGAGCAAGAGAGACUCAGGCGAAGUUUUCGGAGCUGCUGGACCUCAAGCGGCGACAGCUGGCUGAGCGAUCUACGGAACAGCCGCCAUCAAUACCUGACGAUGAUGUUGACAUUGAUGCGUUGGCUAGCGAGCUCCGAGCCAGCUGGCGUGGCCGUGAGCAAUGGAUCGACACACUGCUACAUUCGGGUGCACAGAGCUCUAAGGAUGCAUUCCUGGAUCAGUCCUUUGAGUCAGCCUGGGCGAAAGCAAAGGAGUCGAGCGUCGACGAUCUUACCGCGGACACUACCCCGGAUCUACUAGUAGACUUGGAGUCGCGGGUCGUUCGUCAGCGCGCCCGCGUGCAGCACUGGCGUCAAUACAGCGCUGGUAUGCAAAAGCAUAAUCGCAUCGACUCGACGGCCUCUGAAACGACGCAGACGCCGCUGAUGUUUAACGAUCAUCAAACCCUUACUGUCGCGAGCAUCUCCCGAGCCGUGCGACAGCCUGUCGAACGGGCUUCCCUGAAAGCCGAGGACCGGGCCCUGCUGUUCUCCAUGACAGAGGCCAUUGCGCGCAUCAAUGGGCGGCCUGCCACGCACCGUCGCCAGGUUAGCGAAUCGAGACCACCCCGCGACUUGCCUGUCAUCGUGCCCUCUGCGCCAGAAAGCAGCAUACCGUCGCCCGUCGUAGAGCCGGCCCAAUCGGCCCAACCGGCCCCGGCGAAGAAGGAGAACAUCCCACUCCAGCAGCUUGAAGACGAAAAAAGCGCGACUCUAGAAAAAGACCCCGAGCUCGAAACAGCUAGAAGCAACAGGUCCACCCUCGUUGAACGAACCCGCAAGUCCAUGUCGCUCGUCCCACCCCCUCCGCAGCCCAAUCCUCGGGACAGGGUCCGCUCACAUCGACCCAGACCUUCGUUUCCUGUUAAUCAGUUCGAGACGCCGCGCAAACAACCCUCGCCGAGCCGGGCCUCCACCCCACGCGACAAGCUGUUUGACGAGGAAGCCGACUAUGCCAGCGUGUUCAAGUCCCGGCCGCGCGUCGCGCACAGCCCUAUCGCGUCGCCGGCGGUACAUAUCAGUCCUAUCGGAGAUUUCGACCUGGACGGACCCGGUGAUGGAGAUGUUGAUGUGGAUGAGAUGGGCGGAGGAUACCCCGAUCGGCCGCCGUUGUUCUCGAGACGAAGAUGAUGAUCAUGC